AUGAGCCUCUAAAUGGAAAUAGAUAAACUCAUUUCUUAUCUUAAUAGUUAAUCAAGCAUCCUAGAUUAUAGAUAAAAUGAAUUUGUGAAGAAUGAAUAAGUAAGCUUUUUGCCAACAGGGGAGAUUCUUAUCAUUUGUUCUAAGUAAACAAUCCAUAUAUUAGUAGGGAUCCUUAAAAUACUAUGAUUCUAAGAUAAUAACCAAUAUUCUUAAAAUUAGGAGUAAUAUAUUAUAUAAACUAUAUAGAUUACAUCACUUUAGGAAGAUUUGAAACUCUAAAGUGAAUUAUUAAGACAUAAAUAAGAGGUUAUUCACUUUUGUGAAGAUGAAAAAUUUUUAGGUUCUAGAUUCUAUGUUAAAGGAUAAAUAAAAGGGAGAGUAUUUAACCAUUUAACUAUUCAAAGUCUUCCUAUAAAUGAAAGGAAACUAGUUUUUAAUGAAAUCAUCAGUUUUUUAAGUCAUAUUCAUAGUUUUGGUUAGAGCAAAAACAUAUUUAAUUAUAAGGUUAUGAUUGAAAGUUUAAGAAUCUAAUACAAAACAAAUGAAACAAGAAUUCAAACUAACAUUGAAGAUUUACUUUAUUGGUUACCAAUGAAUAUACCAGAAUUAACAAUUUAAGAAUCACUUUGCCUUGGAAACUUAGAACCAAACAACUUUAUUUUCGAUUAAUAGUAAAUUAAAAUAAUAAAUAUAUAAAAUUGGAAUUCGGUUACUAUUGGAAACUCUUAAAUUGAGUUGGCAAAUUUUCUAUCUAAUUAUGAUGUACCAUAUAUAAAACAAGUGACUGACUAUGGAUUACAAAAGAUUUACAAUUUUUUAGGAUUGCCAAACAAAGCUGACUUGAUUAAUUAAUAUUGUAUUGAGAGAAAAUUAGAUACAAUCAUACAUCUUAAAUAUAACACAAUCAUUGCUUUGUUAUAAAGAGCCAUCUUCAAAUAAUAGUGUAUUAAAACUAAGAUCAAUCCAGAGAAAAGUAAUAUAUUCUAAUAAGAAUUGGAAAUUAUAUCUAAAUGUGCUUGGAAUAUAGUUUUGGAAUUAACAAAUGAUGAUCCUUUCUAAAUCAAAUUAAGAAUUGAAACUGAUAAAUUAUAAUGGAGUAAAUAUCCAGUUACUUAAAGAUGCAUAAGUUAUUAUUAUAGAAUUAGAGACUUUUUAAAAGAUGAAGUAUUUCCAAUUGAAAAAUCUCAGUUUGAUAUUAUCUAUUCUUUUGAUAUAGAAAAUCAUUGGAAACCAUUGCCAGGAAUUGUACAUUUAUAAAAGAGGGCUAAAUCAUUAGGAUUAUGGAAUCUUUUUAUUAGUGAUCCUAUAUAUGGAAAAGGAUUAAAUAAUUUAGAAUACACAUUCUUAUCAGAAUUGAUGGGUACAUCAUAUUUUGGUCAUUAAAUUUUUAAUUGUUAUGCACCAGAAACUGGAAAUAUAAAAUUAUUGAUUAUGGCAGGGACAGAUUAAUAAAAAGAAAAAUAUUUAAAACCUCUUUUAGAAGGUGAAUGUAAAGCAUUUUUUGCUAUGACUGAGAGAAAUGUUGCUUCAUCUGAUCCAACUAACUUUGAAACUACAAUUACUAAAUAAGGAGAUGGAUAUAUUAUCAAUGGAAGUAAAUGGAUGGUUACAGGUAUUCAAGAUCCUAGAUGUAGAUUUGGUAUUAUAAUGGGCAAAACUACUGUUAAUUCUAAAUCACCUUUCACAGAAUAAACAUUAUUCUUAGUUGAUACACAACAUCCAAAUAUUAAAAUUUUAAAGCCAUUAUCAGUUCUUGGUUAUGAUGAAGCACCAAACGGACUUGGAGAAAUAAUAUUUGAUAAUGUUUAUAUUUCCAAAGAAUAAAUGUUAGGUAAAGAAGGAGCUGCCUUUGCUAUGUCUUAAGGUAGACUUUUGGGAGGAAGAUUACAUCAUUGUGUUAGAUUAUUAGGAUUAACUCGUAGAUCUAUUGAUACACUUUUAGAGAGAGGAUAAAGAAGAUAUCAUGGAGGAAAAAAGUAAAAAGAAGAUACAUCUUAUUAAGAAAAGAUUGGUAAAAUAGAAUGUGAAUAUUAAAUCUGUAAGACUAUGAUUUUGAAUGCUGCUAUGAUAUUAGAUUCUCUUGGAGGUAGACAUAUGUAAUCACUUAAAGCUGUAAGUGAAGUAAAAGUAGCAAUACCAAAUAAAUGUUAAUGGAUUAAUGAUGAAUGCAUUCAAUUAUUUGGUGCUUAAGGGAUAACUACAGAUUAUAUUUUGUAAAUUGCAUUUUAGGCUAGUAAAUCAGUUAGAUUGAUGGAUGGUCCUUGUGAAUUACAUAAAAAGUAAGUAGCAAGAUUCACUUAAGGAAGUCAUAUGUUCAAUGAAUUAGUUAAUGUAAAUGGAUACAUAGCUAAUCUUUGA